AUGGAAUCUCGUACCGUCUCUAAGUCGGAAAUCGAGGUACUAUCACAAGAAAUCAACGAAGACUUUGGAUCUUAUCGCAUACGGGCCGGACAAAGAGUUCACUAUGUGACAAUAGCAACUGACGUUUUUGAUGAAGACACGAUGUGUCGUCCGUACCUGCUCAUACCCCAACUACCUGAUUUUCCAGACAAAAAAUGGACAAUAAUGGAAGUGAGCCGCAAAUCAGACGGUUCUUUGACAUUCAAUCUCUCAUUUGAGGCCUUGCCAGCCGUAAAGUCGAUAUGGCAUCCAACGACCAUCGACGUGCUGUCUUUAGAGAAAGUCAAGCGGCACCGAUCCGGAGUCCACGAAGUAUUGUUUUCCGGCCUUCCAGCCAUUUGCAAAAUUGCAUGUUUCGGGUGGCAAAUCCCUAGAAUCGAGCACGAGACUUACACAUAUUCAGUGAUCGAAGAAUACCGAGAGCCCGGGGAUCCGGUCAUCACUCCUGCUUUCUUGGCUCACGUGACGGAAAAUGGACGGGUGAUUGGUAUGCUGCUCGAGAAGUUGGAGGGCGACUUUGCAACCAUAGAUGAUCUACCGGCGUGUAGAGAAACCCUCGAGAACUUUCAUCACAUGAAUAUGGUUCAUGGAGAUGUAAACCGCUACAAUUUUAUCCUCGAUCGGUCGAAGGAACCUGUUCAUGUUCGCCUCGUUGAUUUCGAACAUGCUGAACCUUAUGAGGAAUCGAAGGCGCUUGAAGAGCUCCAAUCAUUGUCGUCGGAACUGGCAGAAACGACUGGAAGAGGCGGAUCAGUUGUAGUAGUUGAUAGUGCUUGA